AUGACCCGAGACGCACAAGACGCACAGAUUCACGACGCUGAAGGGCUCGAAAGACUCCGAGAGGAAGCCGGAAUCACCAAAAACCCGAUCGACGAGCCAGACUACUGGAGGAAGAUCAAAUCGGCGAUCAAGAUGGACCCGGUGACUCAGUUCCCGCAGGAAUCGAAGGGACGAAUGCUCAUUCGACUCAGACUGAAGAUUGGAGACAGAUUCAAAAAUCUUCUCGAGCAAAUGGUCGAAGGAAUGGGACUCACCGACCCCAACGCUCAGAUGUCCCUCGAUGGCUGGCAGAAAUCCAUCAACGACAUCUCCCGAGUCCUCUCCGAGCUCGUGCGCGAAGAAAACCAGAAAAUCGCCGAGGACGACCGAGCCCAGUCAGACCAGAGUCUCUUCUACGGCUGCCUCAACGCCGCCAAAGCCGCCAUGGACGUCCACCCGCUCCUCAACAUCGUCUACAUUGAGGAGUCACUCGUGAUCCCGGAAGGAAGACUCCCAGCGUAUCAAGAAAGAGUCUCAGCUCUCAAGGAAAAGGGUCAAAUUAAAACUCUACACAUUAAGUCGAGCCUUACAACUUUAAAAAAACCCUUUCAAAAGUCAAGAGCGGACUUUCUCCUCCGCCAAGAUCGACUCCCCAAAGAUGGCAAAGACUCUCUGCGUAGCUGGAAGAAGCAAAGACGAAACGAGUACGUCAGCGAUGGAGUCCCCAAAGACAUUGCAGCUACGCUGGCAAGACGCGAUUCAAGGACCAUCGGCUGGACGUCGCGACGAGACGGAACGACUCAGACUCACCCGCCAAAAGAUUCAGACUCGGCAGACUCGGCGACUCAGACGGAGAAUCCAACUUCCUCAGUUUCGACUCAGACUCAGCAACCAGACCCUGCUCCAGCACAAGACUCGGCCAACAACGAAGAGGCAGACAGCGUCUCAGAACCAGAUCUGUACGAAGACUCGUACAACGCCCGUUCAGGAAGGAGUCAUAGAAUUCCUAAAACAUUUAAAGUCGAGCAAAAACUCCACCCAAAAGACCCAACUCAACUCAUGCCUCCGGCCAGCCAAAAUGCUCCAGUAGACUCCGAAGAUGGCUUUUCUUCAGACGAAGAAAUCAUGGAAGAAUCCGGCGGAGAAGAAGAUGAAGCUACAGUCGGAUUCCCAGAGACUCAAGCCCAGAAAGAACAACAGGACUGGAGCAGACGCACAGACACACUCUUCGAGUCAGCGGCGGAGCAGAAAGAAGCAGAAGAAAGACGAGUCAGAAUCGCUGCCCAAUGGAACGAGCCGCUCAAAGACAUCAAGGAAGAAUCCGAAAGCAACGCAUCAGUCAGAAUGGAGCAGAAGGAAAAAGCGGAAGCUGAAAGACGACUCCAGAAAGAAGAGUUCGAGAAGAUUCAGAAGCUGAAGCAAGAACAGGAGGACAAAGCGAGAGCCAGAGAAGCCAUCAGACUCCGAAUGCAGCGACAAGUGGAUGAAAACACCAGAAUCCGACGCGAAUACCACGAGGAAAUUCAGCGGAAGAAGGAGGAAGAAGAAGCUCAAAAAAGACGCCUCGCCCAAGACAAAGAAGCAGAAGAAAGACGCCGAGCAGCCAUCAAGGCAGACGAAGAGAAAGUCCUCACCAAACCAGAAGUUGGAAUCAGGCUCGUCGCAGAAACCGGCAGAAGAGGGAAUCACUACUACCUGUCGAAGAAGGAAGCGAAGCUUAUGAGCAGAAUCUCAGGAUCGAACUUCGAAGAAAUCAGGCAAGCUUGGUUCAACAGCGAAGGACUCCUCAAAUUCAAAGACUCCAAAAACCCGGGCCACCGCCACUACAAGUACACCCUCCGAUCCGGCUGGACCAUCAAAGAAGGCACCGAAAACUGGAAGCUGGAUCCAGUCGCCAGACUCAGCGCAGAGGAACGACGAGUGGUCCAUUACUUGGUGGAAUUCCUCAACUACCAAGGAAUCAAACGAAGAUUCAAGGAGGCACUAGACACUGGACUCCUCAACCCGGCCAAGAUGGACGCGAUCCUCGUCUUUGCCUACAAGAUCUGCGGCGGAAACCUGGUCCACUACGUCCGAUUCGUGUUCGUCCGACUCUUCAGACUCCACGACAUCCCGAUUCCCCCAGUGCACUCAGACGCCGCCCCAAAACCUCCACGCCACUACUAG